GCGCUCAGUUCGCGGGCUGCCACCGGCACGCAGCCACCGGGAGACCCGAGCGGCACCUCCGCCUCGGUCAAGCCCUCGCGCCUUCCUUUCUAGGGGCUGCUGUUGUUUUUGGCAAUUUGGUUCUUCUGACUCCCCGCCACCCUCCAGUCUCGGCUAGGGUCUCUGAGAGGGUCUUUGUGAAGUCCUAGAAAAAAAAAAAAAAAGCAAAGAGCUCGCUCGAGCGAGGGAAAGAAAGAGGCAAAGUGGCCAGGACCCCAAACUGGCACAGCGCGUCCCGCGUGGGUGGCGGCGGCGGCGAGCGCCGGGUGUGUGAAGCCCCUGUCCGCGGCCAGCAGCGCGCCCCGGCUCCGCUCCCGAGGACGCCCGCAGGCCACCAUGGGCGCCAGAGUUCAGCCUGACCGCAAACAGUUGCCGCUGGUCCUACUGAGACUGCUCUGCCUUCUCCCCACAGGACUGCCUGUCCGCAGCGUGGAUUUUAACCGAGGCACCGACAACAUCACCGUGAGGCAGGGGGACACGGCCAUCCUCAGGUGUGUUGUAGAAGACAAGAACUCCAAGGUGGCCUGGUUGAACCGCUCUGGCAUCAUUUUCGCUGGACAUGACAAGUGGUCUCUGGAUCCCCGGGUUGAGCUAGAGAAACGCCAUUCGCUGGAAUACAGCCUCCGAAUCCAGAAGGUGGAUGUCUAUGAUGAAGGUUCCUAUACUUGCUCCGUUCAGACACAGCAUGAGCCCAAGACCUCCCAAGUUUACUUGAUUGUGCAAGUUCCACCAAAGAUCUCCAACAUCUCCUCGGAUGUCACUGUGAACGAGGGCAGUAAUGUGACCCUGGUCUGCAUGGCCAAUGGACGCCCUGAACCUGUUAUCACCUGGAGACACCUUACUCCAACUGGAAGAGAAUUUGAAGGAGAAGAAGAAUAUCUGGAGAUCCUUGGCAUCACCAGGGAGCAGUCAGGCAAAUAUGAGUGUAAAGCUGCCAAUGAAGUCUCCUCGGCGGAUGUCAAACAAGUCAAGGUCACUGUGAACUAUCCUCCCACUAUCACAGAGUCCAAGAGCAAUGAAGCCACCACAGGGCGACAAGCUUCUCUCAAAUGUGAGGCUUCGGCAGUGCCUGCACCUGACUUUGAGUGGUACCGGGAUGACACCAGGAUAAACAGUGCCAAUGGCCUUGAGAUCAAGAGCACGGAGGGUCAGUCCUCCCUGACGGUGACCAAUGUCACUGAGGAGCACUACGGCAACUAUACCUGCGUGGCUGCCAACAAGCUGGGAGUCACCAACGCCAGCCUAGUCCUUUUCAAGCGUGUUUUACCCACAAUCCCCCACCCUGUUCAAGAAAUUGGCACCACCGUACACUUCAAGCAAAAAGGACCUGGAUCGGUGAGAGGAAUAAAUGGAUCCAUCAGCCUGGCCGUACCACUGUGGCUGCUGGCAGCGUCUCUGCUCUGCCUUCUCAGCAAAUGUUAAUAGAAUAAGAAUUUAAAAAUAAUUUAAAAAAACACACAAAAAUGCGUCACACGGGAUACAGAGAGAGAGAAAGAGUAAGAUGGGGGGAGACCGUUUAUUUCACAACUUUGUGUGUUUAUAAAUGAUGGGGAAAAUAAGAAAAUGAAGAAGAAAAUGCAACAUUUAAAACAAUUUUAAGGUCUAUCAAUAAAAAUUUGAGUGUAAUUCAGAGUGGGAAAAAGUCUAGCACGAUGUGUGUAUGUCUACUAAGCAAGUGACUGCUGUGUGAAGACUACAUCCUGCCGAGGACACCCGGAUGUUGUGAGACUAGGACAAGUAAAGAAGGACCAGGUGGACAUUCACUCUCCCUACACACUUUAUCCUUCCCUCCUUCACCUUUUUCAUCUGUGGGGAAAAAAAUAAGGUCUUGCCUUUGGUGUUUAUAUUUCCAUAAUCCUCUUACUCUGUUUUUCAUUUGAGCUGACUUGGAGCCAUUGCAGACUCUCAGUGGGAUCCUGUGUUGGGCCCUCCCCAGGCUGUCCCACCACCACCAUCUCUCCAGCUUCCAAGACCGUCCCUCUCCCUGCAGUGUGUUCCAUCUCCCCAUACCCAUUCCCAGUACCCUCUUUUUAUCCAGAGCACUAGACAUGCCGCAAAUGCUAGGAAGUGCCAUUUCAAUUUUCUCCACUGUGUGUGUGUACUCGAGUCCCACUCCCACACGGGUGCACAUGUGUGUGAGCGUGUGUGUGUGUCUCUCUCUAAAAGCAUGCCAAGGGAAUGGUCCAUGUGUACAUAGAUUUAUUGUGCUGUAGAUACUGUCCUGCAUUGUAAUUGUGAGAUGCAGCCAUAACAAGUUGCUGGGAGAGAUGGUGGGGAGGGAAGCAAGGAGUUGAGUCCUUGCCCCACCCAUGGCUGUCACCUGACAUCAGUGUGUACUCAAACCAAGCUGUGCCCCUUCCAAGGGCAGGACCCCAUAUCCCUCCUAGUUUCAUCCUCAGAACCCAGUCAGGAGUCACUCAGAAUAUCACUGUCAAUGAAAGUGCCUACUAUCGAUGGGGUGAGCCAACAGUAAAAUAGACCAGUGACGUGGAUGAGAUGACCUGGGAGAGGAAGUUUCUGAUCUCACACUUAUUUCCUAAGUCCAAGGGAUUCAUAUAUUCCCUGGCUCUACUACAGGCUGGGUCCUGCACAUGCUUAGUAAAUUCCCGGAGAAGAAAAGUCUCCACAUGCUAUCUCCCAAUGGAAGAGUGGCGUGCCCCAUGGAGAUCCUAAGCAGCCCUUUUUGGCCUCCUUCCUGGACUUCAGAUAGCACUGCGCUUGCUCCAUGCAUUCCUCUGAGAAGAGCUUAUUUUCUACUUCAAAAUAAAAUACAGUGAGGCAAGAAGAGUAGACAGAUGCCCAAGUCCCUGCCCAAUUCUGGAGACACUGCAAGAGUCUAACAGAAAGCACUGACUAUAAUGAAGGCAAAGUCACUCCUUGUGCUCCUUGGAAGAUUUUUGCCCUUUAGUUCUAGGCUAACGCAUUGGUUGCCCACAUCGGCCUCUUCUGAUCCCCUGAUGGUGUUCAGAACACCACUGUUCAUGGUGGUCCAUCACCAUUAGACCUGGCCACUAGAAAUUGCAUGAUAGUCACCUUCCUUGCUCUAUUUAAAUUUACAUCUGUAAGAGGUAUCUUGACAUUAACACUGACAAGUGAGCUAAUUCCCCAACCAAAAGGGUUGGGCAACUUGUAAAUAACUUAGGCAGAAGUUGUAUGAGUAUGACAAAGUGUGUCAUCACCAUGUCACCAGAAGGAUUUUCUUAACAAAGGUCUUGCUGAGAAAGCUGAUUCUCUAGAGGUGUAUAUCUUUAUCAAGAAACCAACCACUGGUCUCAACGGUUCAGCUGAUGCAAAAAGAGUAUUAUUAUUGAGCUCAUCAUCAAGCAUAAUCCCACAGAGCCAAAUACAGUUGCUUGUCAAGCUUGGGAACCUUGAGAAUAGCUGUCAUGUGAUACAAAAUGAGAAACUUCAUAGCCAGGGGAAAAUGGGAAGAAAGGAAAGAAAGAGAGGAAGGGAAGGAAAGGGAAAAUUCUGAGCAGUAUUUUCCAUCUCUUUGAGGAGAGUCUAUUGUUUCUUUUAAAAGUUUCUCAGAGCCUUCUUUUACAGUUUUGCAGUUUAGUCAUGAAACAGAAGGAAAAACUGAGUUUGGGGAUGUGUAAGAUUACUUAAUGACAGAUCCUGACCCAGCACAGGAAACCUCAGCCUACAGAGUCACUAAAUCAUAGGCGAGGUGAGCCACUGUCCUGUCAAUCAUUGAUUUAUUGACAAUCAAAUUUCUCCUACAGUUUGGUCAUCUUUAGUACAAGCAUAAAAGGCUAUCAUCUUUAAUGACAAAUGUUCCCCAUGUGUUGAAACAUCAGCCAGACCCUUCACUGGGAGCUUUGGAGGAAUGCAUGCCUACUGAAGAUUACAAGAAGAGAAAAAUCACAGACAGCAAUUCAGAUGUCAUUUAGUACCAGUUUCAGGAAACAAAUCACUGUGGCAGGCUUUACCCUUGCACCUGGCUUUCUUACUGUCUCCAGCCUAUCAUAAGGAUAUUGCCUUGGUUUUAUUAAGGGAAGAGGUUCUCUGUUGAAAGGAAUGUCUCUAUCACAAGAGCACCAUUUGUUCUCUUGGUUUUAAUAUAACGACCAUAUAUUAAACAUAAUUAAACCUAAAAAACAUGGUGUUUGCCUGUAUCUCCAGCAGGUUCUCAGAGUCAAAAAAACCUUAUGCCUUGCUCCCAUUUCAGAGAGAACAUUGGCCCUAGAAAUCUCAUGGAUUUGAGAAUGGGUCUAAACCAUCAGAAGACUGCUAAACUAUUCAGUUUGCAGAAAUGUCAGGAAAAAAUGUUGAGGCAAAAAGACCAACAUCAAGAAAUCAACAAGUCUCAACACUAGAUUUCUUGGAAUUUAGUUCAUGACGGUUGCUCUAACACUUCAAGAGUCUUGUCCAUUGUUAAUUACAGCUCAAAACCCUGUGCUGCAAAGCACCAAGUAG